AUGCACAUCGCAGCGAUCUGUACGUUUGGUCAAAUUCUGCACUUGCAGUGGAACGGCAACGCGCACUCGCGCUGGCCUUUGGUGAUUUCAAUGUCUGCCUGGCUGAUGCAUCUGAUUAUCAGUUCUGGCACUUUGCAAUUGAAUCGAGCGAGAUGCAGGCUUUUUGUUCUUGUGAUGUACGUCAUGGUCGGCCUUUGGGUCCAGGGCCUCCACGCCAGCCCCGGGAAUUGCCAGAAUGCGCUGAUCCUCUCCAGCGUGACCAUCUCCGUUCGUUUUGCGGUGGCCACCUUUUUCGUGAAUUUUCAAAUCGGGGUUCCCGCCCAGUCCUUGCUCAGCCUGCUGGAGACGUGGAAUGACUGGCAGCGCGACCCCGCGUCUGUGCACAUCUCCUGCCUUCAUCAGCUUACCGUCUUGGCUUUCAUUUUGGUCCUGGCGGGCUUGAUGGAGUUUCACAAUCGCUCCCGGAAUGCGCUGCUGGCGAAUUCGGAGUCCAUGGUUCUCAGCUUCCGCAGGGUGCUGCGCGGGGUGUGCGAUGGUGAAGUUGUGCUGGACAGCAAGCUGCGAGUCUCUGGAGAAGCUGGUUGCUUGCAGACCUUGCUUAUGACAACAGACCCUGGCUUUUACGAGAACUUUGAGGACUUGCUGGCGGAGGACGAGCGCGAGCGCUUUCGUAGCUUCAUAAUGUCCGAGCACUCCAACGCGCCUGGCCUCAGUGCGCCUCCAUGCUUGAGAGUGUCUUUGAAACGCCCGCCCAGGAAGAGUUCAACGGGAUCGGUUUCUGAGCUUCCUCCCAUCGGGGUCGACCUCUUUCACGUGCCGCAUAUGUUGGAUGAAGAAACGUAUCAUCUGAUCGCGCUCCGAGAAGAUUCCGACUCCAGAUCCCUUCUCGAGGUCGUUGGGGCUGAUGAAGAUGUGACUCCUGCCCACACAGCCUCCAGUGACAGGAGAUCAUUGAGGACGCCGAGGAGUGUGAACCAGACCGACGGCUCUGUCUCGCAGGUGUCUUCAAACUCCGUGCUGCAGAUUUGCAGGGAGGUGAAGGAGAUGACCUUGCUCGUGGAUGCAACCACGCCCCUGCUGGACGUGGACCAAGCACACCUGAGCUUCGCGCGGCGGUCGGACAGUGACGACAGCUCCAUGCCGAGCUUGCGCCGCCUCAUUCAGCCCACGGACUGGGGCACCGUCCAUGACCGGCUCGUGAACUUUGCCCAGUCGGCACGAAGUCAGGACAAUCUUCAAAUGAAGUUAAGACUGCAGGAUGACUCCAAGAGGCGCCUCGUAGCACGGCACGUCCAGGUCUCUGCCUUUCGCCUACCGGGUGACGACACGCCUUCGGGGACGUGCAGCAAGUUGUGCAUUCAGCUGCAAAAGUUCAAAUUCUUGAAAGCGUCAUCAUCGAAGCAAACGUCGAGAUUCAAAAGUGUGAGCGAGUGCUCAUCUGAAGAUUCCGACUUGAGUUGA